AUGGAAUAUGAUUCAAUCGCUGAACAUGUAGCCCUUAAGUGUGCAGAAGCAUUUCCUGACUUCAUCAGUACUCAACUCUGCGUUUUGAGCAGUGGGAUGUGUAUUGAGAGCGUAGCAUCUCGUAUUAUACUUGAGGAAAAGUGCCGGAGUCGUGGGAGGCAUCUCUAUUUCGUAGUAGUCCCUGAUCGUCUACCUCACCAUCUGAUGACUUCUUUCGCUAACUCUCUGGGAUAUUUUAUAAAUAGCUUUAACUGUGAAGCUGCUACACGUGAUGGUGAGCAGGUCUUUGAUGCUGAUGAAUCCUCCAACACGAGAGGGCCUGAAGAAGACAAAAGGCUCCUCCCAGUACACGUUCUACGAGAAGGGACCUCCACCAAGGACCGCUGUUUAACCUUUCAACAGGGUGGAGUGGUAGUGUCUACCAGCCGCAUGCUCUGUGCUGAUCUCUUGCACAAGCGUCUCUGUCCUGCUCUUAUUGCAGCUGCGGUGGUAUGCCUUCCUCUUACUGGCUUCCCUACUGUAGAGUCUACCUUGGCCAGCGUAGCCUUUUGUAUUGAGAUCUUGCUCCGUGGUGAGCGCUCCAUUUACCUCUUUAAUCAACAUGCCUAUGAUGGUUUGGAGAGUCCGGUCAACAGUAAGACUCGGAUCAUCGUCCUCAGUGAUUGCCCCGCCACCGUUCGUUACCUCGUAUGUCGUCAUGUUGUUGGCCGGGAGCAGUUUAUACAAGCGAUGCAUGUGGGCGACAUUCAACUUUUUCCUUCCUUUCGUCUCAGUGUUAUACAACAUUUUGAGGAGCUUUCGAAAAAAAAGCCCCUCACAGUUGACCGUAUUGUUGUGAACGUUCCCACGUCAACCCGUAUCCUUGAUGCCCUGCUGCAGAAAAUACUACGUGAAGUUUUGUCCGAGCUCUGUAAGCUGCAGCAUCGACUUCGUCAAGAUCAGGUGGUGGGUUCUUCAAUCCAAUCAAACUCGGAUGCCCCUAGACGUGAAUCCGCAUCUCCCUUCCUAGAGGACGAUUUGAAGCAAUUCCAGCCGUUGGUGCGGCUUCGUCUGGAGCCGACUUCGUCCAACGGCGGCUCGAGCGGUCGGGAGCAGCACCUUACGUAUCAAACUAGUUAUGCAUCCAAGCAUUUUGAUCUGGCCAAUAAGGCGGCUGGGGCGGAUCGAGCACAUUCAUCCCCAGAUUAUUUUGGUGUGGGCGCCUGGAGAGGGGUCGCGGACGAGACGCACAUUUAUUUUGCGCGUAUCUCGGACGAAACCUGCCUCGACACCCAAUCCACCGACCUCGACGCUGAUCUCCAAAUCGCCCUCCAAUCCAACCCCCCAGAAUGGCCCUUUCGAAGCCUGGUGGAGAGUUUUCUCGAUCUACGCCACCUGCGUCGACGACUCUGGAUGUGCUCUCGGCACGACUUCUUUUUCGUCCUCCUCUCGGUGCUGAACCGCCGUCGGCAGGGAGGCGGCUUUGCAUCCAAGCCGAGGUUUGGGAGACCGGAGGCCGAUGCCAUUCCGACUGCCUCCUGGACGAUGUCAUCCUCAUUCAACGACGUCGUUACCGUCGCUACGGAGCGCAUCGGCAAGGUGGUGAUCUCGUCCGCGGCGUCAACUUUGAAUCCGGAGACCGCGAAGGCUCGCCAGACCUGGCCGAUGCCAGCCGCCGAUGAAAAGGAGACGGUAAGUGAUGACGAUGAAGUGGUGAUUAUAGAGCCAAAUCCCCCCACACGGCCGCCACCGCCGCUCCCACCUUCGCCUUCAGCUUCAGCUUCGGCCUCAACGCCCGCCAUAUCACUCGUUCCGAAUGCGGAGGAUCACGAUACGGAGCUCGAGGUUGCCCACCGAUUAGCCUUGAGUUGGGUGCGAGGUUGCAUCCGUAAACAGAGUCAAACGCCGAAUAUCCAAAGAGGUUCCACCCAACGGCAAGGAGGGGCUGCUCUGCAACCUUUCACCCCAGUGCCUGGCAUUCUAGUGGUGGUCUUUGGUUACCGUGAAGUAGCGCGUUUUGUCGAGCGUAUCAUGUACACCCGUGAGGACUUCCUGAAGCUGCAGUUGAGUAAUUUUCUGCGCCGCUAUCAGGUCUUCUACGGGGUUUCCGUGCAGCGCGAAGGGGUGAGACCACCCACUGAUGUCGGCGCCCUGUCGCCGCCUGACCUGUCAGACUGGGUGGAGAAAGUGGUUGCAGGUGAAGAGCCCGGUGAGAGCUACAGCGAUGCUAUUUUGGACAGCUCCGACGAGGAGAGCGUUAACGAAGAUACGAAGGGAGAAUCACAUGGUGGAUCCCUUCUUUCCCACAACGCCACUCAGGCGGAGGUGGACGCAUCCCCACUGGGUUCGCUGCACCCGGCCCUUCUGAAACAGGCGACGAUUAACGGACUUGAUACGCCGUCCACCCUGGCGGAUAGCCAACCAGCAGUCGAAUCCGCUCAUACAGAGGAUCCAAGCUUCGCUGCAUCGCCGUUCAUCCGGUUUAGACUGGAGACGGCUCGCCUGGGCAGGGUGGUAUUGAUCCCCAUCGCUGAGGAUGAUCAAGCCGAGGAUCGCAGCAACAGGCCGCGAGUUGUGGUGGCCGAUGGAAGUGACCUACGAGCCGGGGAGCUGUUCGCGCUGCUGCGUGGUGAGCCCACGUUUUAUCGGGGUUCAGCGGUCCCGCCACCUACCUUUCGUGCGCCCCCAUCGCGCGGCGACCGGUAUCAAGGGAGCGGUGCAGCCGCAACUGACGCGCCUGGAUCCGACAUUCUCAUUGCGGUGCGUCGUAUUAUUCUAGCCCGGCACCAUCUUGCAUUCUUGCGAACCCUCGAAACGGUACAGGAUCACCUGGAGGGCCACUUACUCCGCGCACUGAAGGUGCAGCUCGUGGCUACCAUCGCUUCUCAGGAGGAGAGUAAAGCAACGGUUGAGAAGGAAAAAUUAGCAUUUAAAGCACUUGCACAUGCCAAGGCCACUUUUACCAGCAUCAUGCUUGCCGAUAGAGCCUCUGUUCGUGAGACGGAAGCGAUGCUGGAAAGCGGUAACCUCCCUACCUCCUCCAGGCGGAUGCCCGCUCUUCAUGCCAUGAAGCCGUCCGCACGAAAAGGAUACAACCACACCGAAGCCGCCACGGAGCCGAACAGUCCGCAUGCGCCCCUUGUCCUAUUUGAUGAGCGCGAGUUUCGAUCCAUGCUGCCGUACUUUCUCUACAAACAAAAUCUUGACCUUGUACCGCUGACGCUAGCCACCGCUGAUUAUGUCCUUUCGCCCCAGUACGCGAUGGAGCGGAAAAGUGUUCGCGACUACACCCAAUCGCUUCAAUCCGGUCGUGUUCACCGCCAGCUCGCCACCUUAUGCCGCCGGUACGAGCGACCACUUCUGCUUAUUGAAUUUCACCGCCACCAACCCUUUCGACUUGUCUUUUUCAGUCUUUCACGUCCUGCGACCGCGGAUCUAGCGUACAUGCGAACUCUUUAUACCCGCACAGCCUCUCUCUUGUUGGCGUAUCCACAGAUGUCCGUGCUGUGGUCGCGCAGCGCGACACACUCCGCCGCGAUGCUCGCGAGGUUGAAGAAAACGGUGGCGCAGGAGAAUAUGGACCCCAGUGGUCCUUCACUCACCGCGGCCGGGGACGUCGGCACUAACGACGAGGACGAGGAGUAUCAAAGCAAAGAGCUAUCGAUCUACGCCGCCCGCGUCCUUUCCAGGUUUCCCGGCGUGACGCCAGCGAACAAGAAUCGACUAAUGCAGCUUUGUGGUUCACUGGCAGGUCUUGCCACCAUCUCGCAGGCUGCAUUGGUUGGUGCCAUCGGCGAGGACGAUGGAAUGAAGUUGCAUCACUUCUUACAUAACCCUUUCGCUGAGGUGGUUGGCUGA